AUGCAACUAUGGCAAUUGGAGACACUUUUAUUACAAAAGGAUGCAUACAUCGGCUACAGCCGGGCUCUAAGCUACCCAAGUCAAGCUUUGAACGAGAACCCAAAAGGACUAUGGAGGAUAAGUCUCAUUGGUAGGAUGAGCUGCAGUUAUGGAUGUUUGCAGACAAUUGCUGCGGCCAUAGUUAUUGGAGUUACACUUCAUGUCAGGAAUCACCUUACAUGUGAUUUUCCAAGACUUGUAAAUUCCUCUGAAGAGGAGUAUAAGAAGUAUUUAAAUGGUGCAUUUGGUGAUCAUAAACCCAGUUAUGGAGAUCUUGUUUUAGGGAUUGAGGGUUUGACUGGAAUUUUGAUGGUUUCAAUGCCGUUUGGUAUUCACUAUCUAUUUGUCAUUGUCUAUAUGCUGCUCAUCAUUCACGGAAUAAACCUUUGCCUCGAUCGUGAAUGGACCCAUCAAACGACAUGGAUGUAUCUUGUAGUUCCAAUCUUACUUUAUGCAGGAGAAAGAACACUCCGAUUCUUCCGUUCUGAUUUAUAUUCAGUCAAUCUUAUAAAGGCGAGCACACAAUUCUAA